UGAAUCUCUGCCUACAUCUCUGCUUAUUUCAGUGAUUCAGAUACUGUCAAAUAGAUCUGCUUGUUCCCACCGUUUUGGAAAGAACCAACCGAGCCAAUCAGAGCUCUGUGGGCAGGAUUAAGAAUGGGGACGUUAUGUUCCUGCGCCGGAGCCAGAAAAAUUACAAAAGGCGCAGCCGUGAAAAUGGCUUCAAACGUGGGAGAGAUCGAUGCCGUUCCUGACCUGCGACCGCCAAUGGACUACACAAACAGCGCGUCCAACAGCUACAGCGCUGGAGACACCAUGAGCUCCUCCUUAGCCAACAUGACCAUCAACGACCAGCACCACCAGGAGAACGGGGUCCAGAUGGGACACAGAAGCCCCGGAGACGCCAAAAUGAAAGUACGUAGCCUAGCGUUCCCCAGUUUACAGCCCUCACUAGUACGGCCUUUUUCCCUCUUUCCACUUCCCAUCAUCUCACGUGCAAACAGGAAGCAGCAGCAGACACAGUCAGGUCCGCCUAUCGCCACUGAAACACAGACAGAGGCGUCUGCAGAGGAAGGCGGAGCUGAAGUGCCCGAGCUCUCAGAUCUAGAGAGCACCUCAUGUGACGACGCGGGGCAGCUUGCAGCAGGAGGAGCAGCUUCAACAGCGAAGCCUAGCGCUCCAGGAGUCCGCAGUGAGUUUGCGUUUGCGGGUGAUGGAUCAAAUCCUGGCGUAGACGGAGCCGCUGGGGCGGGCGUUGACUUCUCGGGAACUUCCUGCUCCUUGGACCCAGAAAAUGAGGCGGUGGGGGAUUGUGGGAAGAGGCUAAGUGAGUCUUUAUGGGCCUCUGAAGACCUCAGCUGCGGGGCGGACAUUAGACUGGACGAGAGCCCUGAGCGGACCGGAGCUGUGGAUUCUCAGCGGGCGAUCAGCCUCGACGCCUCCGAGUGCCUGGCUGAAAUGACCAAUCUGUCUGGGAUGUCUUUGGUUCGCAGCGCGGCUUUGGAAGACCUGACGUUCAUCGGACACAGAGGCGUGUGGGUCAACCAGGGAGAGGAGGAGCCGGUCUCCGAACAAGAUGGAGCAGCUUCAAAGUCCCAAAACAUCCCCCGAGAAACACAACACGCCCAAACUCUGUCACACCCUGACUCUCGUUCAGAUCUUUGCAGCAGUAGGAACAUUUCCGAGAAGGAUAGCUUUGUAACCAAAAUGCCAUCUGACACGGCAACUGAAAACAGCAGCAGUGACUCAGCGUCACACAGGGCCGGCUAUUCAAAGCCUGACAUUUCUAAUGACUCAGACAUGAGGAGCAUGAGCGUGGCGCAGACCGCCAGUACCGCUGAGCUCCAGAAAACUCCCCCCCAAAGCUCUCCUGCCAGAAAAUCUUUGGUUCCGGUCGCUAUUUUCAAAGCUCAAGCAAAGAUGGAUAACGGCUCUGCAGAUAAGACCAAACCACCCUCUUCCCUUAAACGACCAUCCAUGGUCGACAGGGGCAACAAAACACACGCUUCUUCCCGAAACGGCCCCAGCUCCAUCCCCGUUAAAGCCAGCAGCACGGGGCCCGGAAGUCUGGGUGGUGCAAAGUCUCCAGCAGCCAAAUCUUCUGCCAGAACUGCAGCUCAUGCAGCUAGUGCCAAGAAACCUCCCACUCCAAAAAAUGGAAAAGAUGGGAGUGGACAGAGCAGCCCUGGCACUCCGAAAUCUCCCGCUAGCCAAGCGAAGGCGGCGGCCGAGGCCAACAGAGUGAAGAAGAUCGCGGUGGUGCGUUCCACGCCCAAAUCCCCGGGCUCGCUAAAGACCCGCCCGCCGGCCCCUCUGGCUGCAGCGGCGCCCAUGCCGGACCUGAAGAACGUCAGGUCCAAGAUCGGCUCCACAGACAACCUGAAGCACCAGCCGGGAGGCGGGAAGGUCCAAAUCCUGGAUAAGAAGGUGGACUUUGCUAACGUCCAAGCUCGUUGUGGAUCUAAAGACAACAUAAAGCACACGCCCGGCGGAGGCAAGGUACAAAUUCUUGAAAAGAAGCUGGACUUAAGCAAUGUGCAGUCCCGAUGUGGCUCCAAAGAUAAUAUAAAACAUGUACCGGGUGGUGGAAAUGUUCAGAUUGUGCACAAAAAGAUCGAUCUGACCAACGUUCAGUCGAAAUGUGGAUCGAAAGCCAACAUUCGUCAUAAGCCAGGUGGUGGAAACAUCGAGAUAAAAAAUGAGAAGCUGGAGUUCAAAGUUCAGUCCAAGAUCGGCUCUCUGGACAACAUCGGCCACGUCCCCGGAGGGGGACAGAGAAGGAUUGAGAGCCACAAACUAAACUUCCGUGAGGUGGCCAAGGCCCGCACUGACCACGGCGCUGAGAUCAUCUCUCUGGAAGACUCCCCCCACCAGCUCAGCACCGUGUCCUCCUCCGGCAGCAUCAACAUGGCCGACUCUCCGCAGCUCUCCACGCUGGCUGACCAGGUGUCCGCCUCUCUGGCCAAACAAGGCUUGUGAAUGCACCCUCCCCCCCUCCCCCACAUCCUCUUCCUCCACUUCCUCCACCUCAACCACACGACCACGUAGAGGAGUUGUAAUGCCUUCCUCGUUAUUGGCACAGGACUUUUUUAGCUACCCAUCACUGUUUAUCCUUCACUAACCUUUGAAAACUGUUCUCGAGGCAUUACUUGUAGACAGGAAAACAACAGAUAAGGCCAACAUGUAUGCCAUUUCUCUCUGUGGGUCUCUUUAUUUGCUAUUUCUACCUUUUGUAAGUCUCCCUUUAAGAGUCAAAGCACCCAAGCAGAGCAUAACUCUCCCUGUGAAUCUGAGGAUGUUAUCUUCAUACAUAUCCUGGUGAAUCUGACGUCAUUUAACACGUGGUUUCCUGUCACAUUGACUGUAAACCCUUUAGAAAGUUAGGUUUUUAAUGUACAAGUCCCCUUUGACGGGUGUCCCCUUAUAUUUCUUUUGAUAAAACUUGGAAGAAAUGGAGGCAGACUGCUGGGGUCCAGCUUGUGCUAAAGCAGAAGGAACAGUUAACAGGGUACGGUGAGGGGUGUCUGUCUGGGGAAAACUGGUUAAAAAGAGAAAGUAGCAAGUUUUUUUUCGUCAUGGCAGGAAAGAAAAAAAAGAAAUGCUUUCAGACCUCAGUGCUGUCUUUGCUUUGUGUAGUCCCGACACGACAGGGGUGUAACCUGGAUUAAAAAACAAACAAAAAAAAAA